AUGAAGAAGAUGCCUCCGUGUGGAAGAGGACGUUCAGCUGAACCUGAGAUGAUGAUGUCUGGGUACGCCAGUCCCGACGGAUCCGCGCAUGCUCAGUGGACGUUGUACCUACAAGUGUUCAUCGCAGGAGGGGAGCAGAUCAACACACUCUGGAACAACAAGGCUGCGGCCAACGCUCAGAGAUGGGCCAACACCUGCUCCAUGAAGCACAGCCCUCCCAGCUCCAGAGAGAUCAGCACUAGCGGCUGUGGAGAGAACCUGUACAUGUCCAGCUACAAGAACACCUGGAGCAAUGCCAUCCAGUCCUGGUAUGAUGAGGUGAAGGACUGGCGCUACGGAGUGGGCGCCAUGAUCGGACACUACACACAGGUUGUUUGGUACAGGUCCAACCAGGUUGGCUGUGGCAUGGCCUACUGUCCCAACUCUAAAUACAAGUACUUCUAUGUCUGCCAGUACUGCCCACCCCAACCCCUGUCCCUACGCUGAUAAGUACAGUAACUGUCCUGAUCUGAAGCAGCAGUUGGGUUGCAGCCACAAGGACGUGGCCUCUUGGUGUCCCGCCUCCUGCAAGUGCACAACUCAAAUCAUUUAAAUGCACACAUGUCCGCAUGGCCUCUGACUCAUCAGUCAGUUUCAAUAAAGAUACACAUCUAUAAA